UCUUUGUACACCAAAUAAAUCUCAUAUAGGUACUUCACAAACACGAAAAUCUAAUUAAACCUAAUUAUAUCCAAAACAAACAUAUUCUUUAUGCAAUACACACAAAAUACAUUUUCUGAUAACAAUAACGCAGGCAUAUAAAAGAAAAUGAUUCCAGAAACCACUUCAGUUCCCAUAAAGUUAUAAUCGUGGUGUUCCAAAAAUGGCCUUCUAUGAAACAUUUCGUUGGAUGGCAAUGUUCGGUAAAAUAUUAGGUCAUCUUCCAGUGCAAAACGUUUUCGGUUCAGAUUCUUCAUUGUUGUAUUACAAACCUCUUAGUUGGGCUACGUUGUAUGCUAGUUGCUUGUAUAUGGGACCCUGCAUUUCGCUUUUUUCCACUUUCAUAAGAGCUGAUUAUGACAUAAAAAUUUCCCGUAAAUUUUAUAACAUUGUAACAGUUCUUCUGUUAAGUAUGCUUAUCAGAUCUCUUUUUUGUUUUGUUUAUUGUCUUAAGCAUCACGCCAAGCACGUUCCCAAGUUGAUAAAGUUAUUGGAUUCUUUUGAUAGGCAUAGAGAUCAAGCGCUUAUACGAACAAAGCAUUCAAAAAUACUUAAAAUUUUCACAGGAGUUGUUGCCCCUAUGAUAUUUACACUUGCAUGUUCAUCAUUUUAUUUUGUAAGAAGCUUUCUAUUGGUUGAAAAUAUUUACGUUGCUCCACGUGGUGCAUUUUUGAUACCACCAUUUUUUGGAAUAAAUUGUAUAUGGCACUUCAUACCGCCCCUCUAUUACGUCUAUUUUUCUGUUAAAAUUGCUAGUGGGUUUCAUCAAAUUAACAACAAUUUGCUCUACAAACGUUACGCUGUAAGUUUUUUCGUGGAAGGACAACAAAAGUUUGACAACGACAUGGCUGAUCACUUAUCGAAAAUCCGUUUGCUGCAUAAUCUUCUUUCUGAAGCCACAAUGCGUCUGAGCAGGUGUUAUGGAGGAUUUUUAGCAAUCAAUAAUUUAUUUUUAAUUGUUGCUGUGGUUGUGAAUUUAUCAGCUUAUAUUUGUGUUACGAAUGAUGUUAAUCUUAUUUCUUUGGUGUUAAUUGAUGGGAUUUAUUUUCUUGGCAUGACUUUGCUGGCGAAUAUUAUAAAGAAAAGGGGUGCCAAAGUCGCUAGGCUUUUCCAAGGUAUCCCAACUUCAGCCCUUUCUGAUAGAAGCCGAGAAGAAAUACAGUUAUGGUUGAUGCAACUCUCAGUUCAUCCUGUUCAAGUCAACGCUGCAGGCUAUUUUAUCUUGGACAAAAGUCAAACCUUUGAGGUUUUGUCAUCAAUAGCUACUUAUUUGAUCGUAGCUGUCCAAUUGCUGCAAGAAGAGGACACUAAAAAGACAAACGUGACUGUUUUUUAUGACGAAUUAAAAUAAUAAGUACAUAUUAGCUAUUAUAAUAAUGUAUUAUAUAUUAUUUAGUUGUUCCUUUGAAAUAAAAUAAAUAAGUAUAAUAAUUGACACACCUAAAUUAGGUAAUAUAUUAGGUAUAUCUUUUACAAGGCUAUAAUUACAAAAAAAAAAUCUAUCAUUGACCUGAAAAAUAUAUUAUAAAGAGACUUUGGUACAAUAAUUAUUGAAUAAUAAUUAAUUUCAAUCUCGACUAUUACGCUUAAAAUAUAAAUUAUUUUUGUGGUUGUUACUCUGUUUUUUUGACCUCCUCAGAUAUUUCAUUUUCCUCUAUCUAAAACAAUAAUAAUUAUUAAAAUCAAACAAAUAAAUAAUAACAUUAUAGAUUCGUACUUCUCUGUUUAGAAGCUGGGUGCUCAACCUUUGACCCAUAACCAUAAUUCUAUACUGUAGCUUCACUUUUUCGUGAAUUUUAAUUGGUAUAACCAUUAUAGUUGUAAGAGUAUUUCCCAAAAAUAAAAUUAAAAACAUAGCACACAAAACUGGCACCUGAAAUAUACAAAUUUUCGAAGGAAAAUUUUUUUUUAAAAAAACUUACAUGCCAAGUAGCACUGGGAUAAAAGCUUAAUUCAUACAAAACAUAUGCAUUAUACAAUGUGAAAAUGUAACCACCAAACAAAAAUGGAUAAAGGAAGCUCAAUCCUCGCCACAUCCAAGAAUGGAAGCCUUCUAUUGUUAUAUCCAUAUUGUGCCUUUCUCCUAAAGCUUUUAGCCUAUACAAAACACCUCUUUGAUACCUAAAUUGCAAAUAUUGAACAACACCUAAAAUUUCAAGAUAUUUACCAAAUACCUACAACUAAUUGAAAAACUUACUCAAAUAAACAUUAAAUAACAUAAAUUGAUUCCUGAAACCAAGCCAUGUAUCAUUAUCGGGCCAAAUAAGUAAAAUUCCUGCAGCAGCUGUAGAGAAGAAAUGAUGAAAUCGCCACCAACCCUUUAUCCUAGACCCAUUUAAUUUGAGGAUACUCUCUCUAAUUGUUAAUGUGCAAUAGUACCAUACUAAUAGAAAAAUAUAGCUUAAUUCUAGAGCUCUAAAUCUCACAAAGUAGUUAAAAACGGCCAUGGAAAAACCAAUACAACUCAGAAUCAGCUUGAAUUUUUCAUAUUCAUCUUUGUAUUUGAAUCUGAAACAAUAAUUAUUUUGUAGGAAAUAGGGACAAAUUUAGCUUUACUUACUUGUCUUCUUUAUUCAGAAUCGAAACAUUCACAUUGCCUAAAAUAAUUUUCAAAUAUAAGCCAUUUUCUUUUGGUAAAGUUUGCUCGACUUCAUGAAGUUGAGCUUUUCUUUUCAGGAUGUUACUUUGCAAUUCCUUUAUCUGCUCUAAGUUUUCUUUGGUUUUGGCUA